CGUUCUAAAUACGAAGCGGGUUGCUAUGGUAGUUGUGGCAAAAGAGAUUGUAGGGACUGUUGCGAGAGUUGUGGACAACACACUUUAAUCAAUGUGAGUGUAGUUAAUGUAACUAGUGAUAUGGGUAUUAGCCAAAGCAAUCCAGUUUUAAAAAUGGUUAUUGAGGUCCUCCAACAGUUAUUACAUACAGAAGGGGUAGUAACAUCACUCGUUAUAGGAUUGAAUAGUUAUGAAAAAAAGAUUGUUGAUAGGCAAGGAAAGAUUGAAAGUUGGAGGAUAGCCGCAGAUAGUCCUCGUGAGCCAUAUAAGAAAGUUAAGGAAGGUGGAAUUGAGGAAAUAAUGAGCAGCGAAGAUAAAAAUAAUUCGGUUAUCGUCAAAGAAACUCGGCAAUCUGCGAGUUCUAACUUAAUUGGUAAUGCAGGAAGUAUAAUUAGGCGUGUUAAAAAUGAUAAUAAUAAUUGGAGAAUUGAACUAAUACAAGGACAAGUUUGGCUUAUUCACAAUUCCGCUCAGAGGUUGGAGAGUGACUUGGGAAGUUUAAUUUAUAAUAGACAAGGAUUUACCAAUGAGGAGUGGGAGGAAAUUGAAAAGAAUGUAAAUAAUGUUUCUGGUUCAACAAAUUCUCGUCGACCUUAUUAUUUAUCAACGCAGUUUGUUUCUCAAAAUACAGAGGUGGAUAAGUCAAUGAGGUUAAAUGAAAAUGCUAGGACAGGUGAAAUUUUUGGUAUGGUUGGAGUGAUUGUUGCUGUGGUAAUAGUUGGUGUAUUAGUGAUUAAAAAAUAUGUUGACCAAACAGUAAGGUUAGACCCCGUUCAGUUUAAAGAUUUAUUGAUUGCUUUGGCUCAUUUCUUAGAGGAACAAAAAAAACUUACUAGCGGAUUAACCAAAAUAGAAGGCGAGUUAAAACUUAUUCGAAUGGAGAGUUCAGAGAAAAGGAUUAUCGAAAUAGGGGAACCUGCUCGGUUCCCCCUAAUAACUGAACUUCCGAUUUCACUUAUUAGUAAAAAAAAGAACCAAAAAGAAAAUCCAAUCUUUACUUUGUAA